ACCCCAUGUAUCAAAUAAGAAUUGACGUUGCCACGUCGUCACCAUACCUUUUGGAGAGAUUAAAAGUUAAAACACCGAAACCCUUCGCAGCAAUUCAUUAGGAAACAUGGAAGCGAAGGGCGAGCCGGUGUACUACUCUCCGGUGCCACCGGAGCCCGCAGAGUACGAUCGUCGUCAACAAAACAACCAUCAUUACCAAUAUCAACCACCACCGCAGAGCCAACAACAGUACAUACUCCUCCCUGUAUAUCACCGCCGUUCAAGCAUCUGCCACUCCCUCCGGCGUAAUCUCCUCUACGGCUCCUCUGUUGUCCUGCUCUGCCUGGUGAUCUUCUUCCUCUGGCCUUCCGAUCCCGUCGUCAGCGUGGUUGACCUCCGUCUCAACCAUGUCCAUGUUCACACCAUCCCGACUGUCUCCCUCGACAUCUCCAUGCCUAUCACCAUCAAGGUCCGUAAUCCAGACUUCUUCUCCCUCGACUACCGCUCUCUCGUCGUCGCCUUUUCGUACCGUGGGAGACAGCUUGGCUUUGUCACCUCCCAUGGCGGCCAUCUGAGGGCCAGAGGUUCUUCCUUGGUCGACGCCACGCUUCAGCUCCAACGGAUUGAGGUUUACGAUGUGUUUCACUUGCUUAAAGAUUUGGCUCGAGGUCGAAUUCCUUUUGAGACUCUUACGCAAGUCCGAGGACAACUUGGCCUUUUCUUCUUUGAUUUUCCGCUUCAGACAAAAGUAUCAUGCGAAGUAAUUGUGGAUACAGAUAACGAGACAAUUGUUCGGCAAAAUUGCUAUCCUCAGUGAUUGCGAGGAAUGUCUGUAAAGCCUGCAUAUUAUCUGACAAUGACUUGAAGAAUUGAUAGAAAGUUCGAAUGUUUGAUUAUGAUGGUGCCUCCCUGCUAUAUAAAACAUAUGCCUUGUGGUCUGUAGCAGAUCAGUCUGUAAGUAUUAGUUUGAUGAAAAACACUCAGUUGGUACAUAUGUGUGUAUUGUAUCUUUGUUGAUCAGAAAAAGUGUAGGAGUGAGUGGGAAGUUAAAACCUACGUACGACAUGUAAGGUCCUUUGAUGACCUUCAUUUUACACUUUAAGCACCUUUAUUUGCUGCCUUCAGUUUA